AAACCCGUGCACUGCAGAACCUGCAUCGGGAGCUUCCAUAUACGGUGCCCUGGUAUGGUGAGAGUUAGUGUGUCGAUGGUUUUGCCAUCGUUCAAAACUAUGUAGCAGCUGGUGGAUGUGUACUUCUAUCACCGGGCACAGCGCUCGCACAUGAAGCAGCUAAUAGUGACUAUAUCCUCAGUGGGCCGUUAACAAGUUUUAGUUGGGAGAUCUCGCAACGCGGAAAGCACUGCGCAGUAAUGGUGCUGGAGUUUUUCUGGAUAGUACUUCUCUGCGGCACAGUGUCCAUUGGUGCAGAUAUAAGCGACUACACGGUCAACAUCACGACGACGGACUCUACACCUACGCGGGGCAACUCCACCGUUGAUCUGAAAUGCACGUAUACGGGUGAAGCGCUGUCGGUGACAAUCGACAGGAUGAGGAGGGCUGAUGGGUCGUGGAAGGCCCUGGCCCGCUUCAGCAUCUCCAGGAAUACAUCCCAACUUGAAGGAAGUGGCCUUGACCUUAAAGCCAGAGCUGAAUUGUCUAUGGCGAAUGGAUCUGUGAGCUUAAACCUCCAUAGUACACAAUGCAACGACACUGCAAAAUAUAAAUGUCAGAUCAUGCCUAGCAGUGAUGAAAGGCUUGCUAUCUACAGUACGACGUCAAUAGAUGUGUUGGAUGAGGUUGGGGAGCCCUGUGGAGCUCCAUGGCACACCAUCAGCGUUCUACACCUAGGCAUCCUCCUCUUGGCCAAAUCGCUGCUGAUGUAAAUGUACCCUCAUUGUACACAGUCACCAUCAUCAUCAUAAAAUUAUACAAUAGUU